AUGUCAAUUUUAUUCAUCUUUUUCCUGAUCAAUUAUUGCUAUGCAGCUGAGAGUUUAUCAUCAUAUAAUGUAGAUCCAAGUGAAAUAUCAGUUUCCGGUUUAUCUUCUGGUGCAUACUUUGCCACACAGGUACAAGUAGCAUUUUCAGCUUCGAUAAAAGGUGCUGGAAUCAUAGCGGGUGGUCCCUAUGAUUGCGGAGCACAAAUGACUUUCACAGAUUGUAUGCUCACUAAUAGUCCAUCCAUUACAAAAUCUAUUUCAAAUACAAAGUUGUGGAGUGGAAACGAAAUUGAUGAUAUAAAAAAUCUAUCAAAACACAAAGUUUAUUUGAUCCGGGGAACAUUUGAUUCUUUAGUUGGUGAGCCCGUAAUGACUCAAUUAUAUAAAUACUAUGUGACCGAUGGUCAAUUUAUUCCAAGUGCAAAUGUUGUAUUUAAAAAUGAUUUAAACGCCGCACAUACAUUUCCAACUGAUUUUGAUAGUAUUGGUAAUAAUGAUUGUGGUUCGGCAAGUAGUCCUUUUAUUAGUAACUGUGACUUCGAUGGAGCAGGAGCUAUACUUGAACAUAUUUAUGGACCUUUAAAACCAAGAAAUAAUGGAGCAUUAAAUGGAAAGUUUAUUGAAUUUGAUCAAGGAGAAUUUUUAAUGAAUUCGAGUGCAUAUGGAAUAAGCGAUACAGCAUGGAUUUAUGUCCCUAAAAGUUGUUCUGAUGGUGCCAUUUGUAGAUUGCACAUUACUUUUCAUGGUUGUCAGCAAAGUCAUGAAAUAAUUGGAGCCAAAUACAUUAAAAAUACAGGAUUUAAUCGUUGGGCUGAUACCAAUAAUAUUAUUAUUUUAUAUCCACAAACGGCUGCUACAAAUACAAUAGACUCGCCAGAUAGAGUACCAAUUCCAAAUGCGAAUGGUUGUUGGGACUGGAUUGGAUGGUACGGAAGUGACUUUGACAUUAAAAGUGGUAAACAAUUGAGUACUAUUAAAAAAAUGAUGGAUCGUAUAACGAGUGGUUUUCAUCAAAUAAAUCCAUCCACUGAACUUCAGAUUCUUGUUACUACACAUAAUUCAGUUUCUCUUUUAUGGAAACAUGUUUCAAGUGCAAAUGGAUAUAAUAUAUACAGAAAUGCUAGUAAAACUAAUAAUGAAAUCAUAAGUGGUACAACAUUUACAGAUACUAAUUUAGAUUCUGGUACGAUAUACACAUUUUUUGUUAAAGCUGUUUCAUCGAUAGGUACUGAAAGUAUAGCUUCAAAUUUCGUUACUGCUAAAAUAGCAGAUAAUUUAUUAGUUGUAGCAAUGCCGAAUGGCUUAAUAUCUACAUAUAUUACCAGUAAUUCGAUUUCUUUGAAAUGGAAUACAGUUUUAGACGUUGCAACAUAUAAUAUUUAUCGUGAUGGAAAUAAAAUAGCAAAUGUUAGACUCGCAUCAUUUACUGAUACAUGUUUAAAACCUGCAACAAAUUAUCAUUAUCAAGUUUCAUCAGUAAAAGAUUUAACUGAAAGUGAGAAAUCAAUGGAAGUUAAUGUUAGAACACUGCCUCUAGAUGUAUGCUUUAAUGAUAACAACUACAAUUAUAUAAUGUCAGGAAGAGCUUAUUGCAAUAUGUAUUAUUCACAAUCUCCCGAUUCAAAUCAAAACCGAGGACUUGAUCAUAAAUGUCAAAGAAAAAAAGAAAACGAUUGCACUAUUGAAUAA